AUGAGCGGAAGAGGCAAAACCGGAGGCAAAGCCAGAGCUAAGGCCAAGACCCGCUCCUCUCGGGCCGGGCUCCAGUUCCCAGUCGGUCGUGUCCACAGGCUGCUGAGAAAGGGAAACUACGCUCAGCGUGUCGGUGCUGGAGCUCCGGUCUACCUGGCGGCUGUGCUGGAGUACCUGACCGCUGAGAUCCUGGAGCUGGCUGGAAACGCUGCCCGCGACAACAAGAAGACCCGGAUCAUCCCCCGUCACCUGCAGCUGGCUGUCCGCAACGACGAGGAGCUCAACAAGCUGCUGGGUGGAGUCACCAUCGCUCAGGGCGGCGUGCUGCCCAACAUCCAGGCUGUUCUGCUGCCCAAGAAGACCGAGAAGGCCGCCAAGAAGUAAAGCUGGACUCUCUCUGACUAAAACACCACAAAGGCUCUUUUAAGAGCCAACCACUUCUGAUUUAAAAAGCUGUUUCUAAACAUUAAUUGAAGUAUUCUGCCAUAUACAAAUAUUACAGACUGAUUUAAAUAACAAACACUUGAAGGUGUUUAUUAAUCAUCGUAACGAUGCAGAUGGAAAAAGAUGUUCACAAUUAACUAAACUGGCUGUCUCUACUGUUGGGUUGCUCUAUUUGAUCCCUGUCUUCUGAUGAUCCAGAU